CUUUGAAAGAAAAAAACAACAAUUUGGUUGUGCAGUCUGAAACUUAACUGCUCGGAAAACGAACCGGAGUUGGUAGUCGGCCGCCGGCACUGCGAUUCUGCCGCCGUUAGAAACGUAUAUACACAUUCAUCUCUCUCACAUUUUAUAGCUAUGAAAGAGUUAACUUCAAACGAAUCACCGUUCCUUAACCUCUCGAUGGAUGAGAUACUGGAAUUGGAAAGAGCUUAUAAUGGUGCUAGAGAAAAAUCACUCGAUCAGAGUUUCUGCAUGGAGAUUGCUACAAGUUUGAGUUCCUUAUCAAAUAAAAAAUCCUUAUCAUGGGAACAGGUGCAGCAGUGGUUCCAAAAUAAACAUAGAGAGUUGACGGGUCAAGUUGUUUCAUCAGUUGAGCUUGAGGGGCUGAAUCUUUAUGUUGAUCUUUCGGAUGAAUCUUCUUCAAGAAAGGAACAUAAGAUCUCUCCGAAUCCAAAAGGUAUUAAAGCGGAAGAUUUGUCGGAAUUGGGAUAUGAAUCAAUAUCUAUAAAAGACAAAGCAUGGCAUGAUGUUGCAAUGUUUCUUAACUAUAGAGUUCUAAGCACAGGCGAACUUGAAGCUCGUGUACGAUAUCAUGGAUUUGGUAAGGAGGAAGAUGAAUGGGUUAAUGUGAAAGAAGGGGUGCGAGAGAGAUCCAUCCCACUGGAAGCUUCCGAAUGUCACAAGGUUAAGGAAGGACAUCUUGUACUAUGUUUCUUGGUAAAAUCUGAUUAUGCCCUCUACUGUGAUGCCCGUGUUUUGAAAAUCGAGAGGAGGGUGCAUGAUAGCAAAGAGUGUACCUGCACCUUCACUGUCCGAUUUUACCAUGACAUGUCUGAGGAAGAGGUUCGUUGUGACAGUUUGUGCUGUAGACCAACACAGGAAGAAGCUGAGGCCCCCUUAGAACCUUUCAUGAAUCCCAUAGCGACCUUGUGGGGAUGAAAAAACAAUUGUUGUUUCAUAUCUCCCUUUUCUUUUUGGGAACUAUAUUUCUUGUCUCCUACCAUGUAACAUAAGAAGAAUUUGAAUUUCGAGGCUGAAAUAAGUUAUUUGACCUAGUUUUUUUAACAAAAUUUUUCUUUGAUCCCAUGUCUUUUAA